AUAGUGCGCAUUUCCAUAGGGCCGGGCUUCCAUAGCGUCGGCUCUCCAUAGGGCACAUUUCCAUAGGGCCGGGCUUCCAUAGGGAGCAUUUCCAUAGGGCCGGGCUUCCCUAGGGCCGGCUCUCCAUAGGGCGCGUUUCCAUAGGGCGCAUUUCCAUAGGGCCGGGCUUCCCUAGGGCCGGCUCUCCAUAGGGCGCGUUUCCAUAGGGACUGCGGAGCCGCUCCCGCCCCGCCGCCGCCCGGUUCCCCUGUCGUCGCCGCCGGCCCCGGGAGGAGCGGGGCCCUGCGCAGGAGGCUCCACCUUGCUAUGAGCAGCCAGGAUGGAUCCAGAAGAGCAGGAUUUGCUUGGGGAUUACAGAUACAGGAAUUAUUCUUCAGCCAUUGAGAAAGCUUUGAGGAACUUUGAAUCAUCCAGUGAAUGGGCAGACCUGAUCUCUUCCCUUGGCAAGCUCAACAAGGCUCUGCAGAGUAACCUGAAGUAUUCUCUGCUGCCCAGAAGAUUGAUCAUCAGUAAAAGAUUAUCCCAGUGCUUGCACCCAGCCCUGCCCAGUGGGGUGCACUUAAAGGCUUUAGAAACCUAUGAAAUAAUCUUUAAAAUCAUUGGCACAAAAUGGCUUGCCAAGGAUUUAUUCCUGUACAGCUCUGGUUUGUUCCCUCUGCUGGCAAAUGCAGCCAUGUCAGUGAGACCUGUUCUCCUGGGCUUGUAUGAGAAAUAUUUUCUUCCUCUCCAAAAAUCCCUCCUGCCUGGUCUCCAGGCCUUUGUCAUUGGGCUGCUGCCUGGCUUGGAAGAAGGAUCAGAAAUUUAUGACAGAACAGAUGCUCUGCUGGUGAAGCUGUCCCUGCUGAUGGGCCAGGAGGUGUUUUAUGGAGCCCUCUGGGGCAGUGUCCUGGGCAGCCCCUCCAUCAGGCUCCCUGCUUCCCUCUUCGUUGUGAGCCACAUCAACAGGGAGCUCUCUGGCAAACAGCAGAAAUUCAUGCUUGGCACUGAUUAUAAACUCACUAUAAAGUCUUUGUGUGUGUCAGUGCUGGAUUCCAAUGUCCUGGUGCAGAGGAACACUCUGGAAGCAAUCCUCUUCUUUUUCCCAUUUUAUACAGCUUUGGACUGCAAGGAAAGCACCAUCCUGCUCAGAAGGGCUGAUCUGGUUUAUAUCCUGUCAGCAGCCACUCAGACCCUGCUGAGGAGAGACAUGUCCCUCAACAGGAGAUUGUAUGCCUGGCUGCUAGGUUCUGAUAUUAAAGGUGGCACUUUUGCUCCAGACUCCACCACUUCUGAAGACCAUGCUGUUUAUUUCUUUGGAAAAUACUCUAAAGAUCUUUUGGUUGAGAGUUUGAUUGUGAUUCUGCAUCAGAAAUUCCCAGAGGCUGACCCAGAGGAGCAGCACCAGGCUUAUCUCAAACCCUUCCGGAUCCUUAUCAGCCUCCUGGACAAACCUGAAAUAGGGCCACAGGUUGUUGGGGAUCUGUUCCUGGAAGUUCUUAGAGCUUUUUAUUCCUACUGCAAAGACACCCUGGGUUCUGAUCUCAAACUCAGCUACAACCAAAGUGGCAACACCCUGGCAAGUGCAAUCAAAGAGAACAAAAAUGCUUCAGAAAUUGUCAAAACAGUGAAUUUGUUGAUCACAUCCUUGAGCACUGAUUUCCUCUGGGAUUACCUGACCAAAUGCUUUGAAGAUUGUUUCAGGUGUUUAUGUUGUGCUCUCAAAAAUGCCAUUUCAGAGCUGUCUGUACAGGAUAAUAAUAUUUACUGCAGCUUUUAAGGGCCAUCACACAUGGUAGAACCAGCCAGGUCUGUAA